CUCUGGCCCCCCCCCAACCACCAAAGCGCGUCCCUCCCCCAGCUAAAAGGAGUGGUCGCCAAGCUCCUGCGCUGCACACCCUGACCCCAAGGCGCGAGGUGCGGUCUCGCUGUAUAUUCCUGGAGCAGACGGUAGCGCAGUUACCCCCGCCCCCGUCCUCCUGAUCCAUGCACAGGGAGACCCACGCCCUGCGGCGGCCCCCCAGGCCUCCCUGCAACACCGGGUAAUGCAAUCCACGGGGGCGGGAGAGGCGGCGGCAUCGACAGCAACGACGGCGGCGGCGGCAGCAGCAGCACUGCCUCAAUCUAGAGACAACCAGAAAGCGGAGGAAAAUGGCUCCGAGCAGGGACCGCCUGCUGCACUUUGGGUUCAAGGCGACAAUGUUCUCAAAUAGUGAUGAAGCUGUAAUCAAUAAAAAACUUCCCAAAGAACUCCUAUUGCGGAUAUUUUCUUUUCUGGAUGUUGUUACUUUGUGUCGCUGUGCUCAGGUCUCCAGGGCCUGGAAUGUUCUGGCUCUGGAUGGCAGUAACUGGCAGCGGAUUGACCUAUUUGAUUUCCAGAGGGAUAUUGAGGGCCGGGUAGUGGAGAAUAUUUCAAAAAGAUGUGGGGGCUUUUUACGAAAGUUAAGUCUUCGUGGGUGUCUUGGAGUAGGAGACAAUGCAUUAAGGACUUUUGCACAAAAUUGUAGGAACAUUGAAGUACUGAAUCUAAAUGGAUGUACAAAGACAACAGAUGCUACAUGUACUAGCCUUAGCAAGUUCUGUUCCAAACUCAGGCACCUUGACUUGGCUUCCUGUACAUCAAUCACAAACAUGUCUCUUAAAGCUCUGAGUGAGGGAUGUCCACUGUUGGAGCAAUUAAACAUUUCCUGGUGUGACCAAGUAACCAAGGAUGGCAUCCAAGCACUAGUGAGAGGCUGUGGGGGUCUCAAGGCCUUAUUCUUAAAAGGCUGCACACAGCUAGAAGAUGAAGCUCUGAAGUACAUAGGUGCACACUGUCCUGAACUGGUAACCUUGAACUUGCAGACUUGCUUACAAAUCACAGAUGAAGGUCUCAUUACUAUAUGCAGAGGGUGCCAUAAGUUACAGUCCCUCUGUGCCUCCGGCUGCUCCAACAUCACAGAUGCCAUCCUGAAUGCUCUAGGUCAGAACUGCCCACGGCUUAGAAUAUUAGAAGUGGCGAGGUGUUCUCAAUUAACAGAUGUAGGCUUUACCACUCUGGCCAGGAAUUGCCAUGAGCUUGAAAAAAUGGACCUGGAAGAGUGUGUUCAGAUAACAGAUAGCACGUUAAUCCAACUUUCUAUACACUGUCCUCGACUUCAAGUAUUGAGUCUGUCUCACUGUGAGCUGAUCACAGACGAUGGAAUUCGUCACCUGGGGAAUGGUGCCUGCGCCCAUGACCAGCUGGAGGUGAUUGAACUGGACAACUGCCCACUGAUCACAGAUGCUUCCCUGGAGCACUUGAAGAGUUGUCACAGCCUCGAGCGGAUAGAACUCUAUGACUGCCAGCAGAUCACACGGGCUGGGAUCAAGAGACUCAGGACCCAUUUGCCCAAUAUUAAAGUCCACGCCUACUUCGCACCUGUCACUCCACCCCCAUCAGUAGGGGGCAGCAGACAGCGAUUCUGCAGAUGCUGCAUCAUCCUAUGACAAUGGAGGUGGUCAACCUUGGUGAACUGAGUAUUUAAUGACACUUCUAGAGUUACAAUGGAGUCUCCAGUGGAAGCAACCCCAGUGUUCUGGGCAAGGGUUACAAAGUGAGGGCAGCGUCCAGAUCCCCAGAGCCGCACAUAACAUGCAUACCCACCCUCACCGCCACCCACUCUAGUUCUGUGACCAGGGGACUGAAGCCCAUGCUGGCUUUAUCAAGUGGAUUGGUGAAACUUAACCAUUCCUGUUGGACAUGCCAAGAAGAAAAUUAUAGGCAAGGCGGAGGGAAGGGGGCAUUCCAGCAAACCCAGUGUUACUGCUUCUGCAGUUUCUUCAUUUUGUGAAGGGGUUUCUUUGGUGAUUUUGGAACAGCAACUGCAGUCCUCCAGGGUCAAGGAAAGCAUAGAAAAGCAAUAUAUGUUGUAUCCAGGGACCAGAAAGAAAAUUUCUUUGCAUCCUAUAAAUGGUAGUCAUCCAUCAUGAGAUGACUACAGAGCUUCUGUGCUUCCUCGUUCCCAUGCCAACGUAUGCUGAGCAUGCUCACAAAGAAGGCUCAUCCAUUCCUCCUCCUGUUUUAAGUAUUUGGCCCAGAGGUUUCCUAAGUGGUUGCACUGAAAUCACUGUGGUCCAAAUGUGAUGACUUACUCACUCAGAUUGUCGCUCUCUGUAGCACACUUGUGCACCUGUCUUUCGGUCUUUGUUGCUCCCUCCUGCACUCUUGCUCAGUCUGUCACCUGUUCAUUGUCUGCUUACUCACACUCGAUUGUUACUCUUUUGCUGUUGCUGUGUUUACAGUGUGCAUUUUGGAUGAUUAGUUGGGGUUACCAAACAUUUUUAAAGAGACAUUAUCAAUAAAUAUUUUCUUAAUUCUAAAUUUUA